GGAGGGCGGGGUCCUGCAUGUGUCCCUCUCUUGCCUUAGAAAAGGUGAUCACCCAGGCUGGUGGGGGAGCAGGGGCCAUGGGCAGUGGCUGUUCUCUGCCUCAGAGUUGCCAACUCUAACGCCUGCUAUUCCAAGCUCCCCGGAGCAUCAGCGGGCUGCAGCCCUGUGUCCCCUUGGUCCCCUUGGGUCGUUCUUGGGCAGCGACUCUCUGCCUGGGAACCCUUCACAGCAACAGAGCCCCUCACCCCGCUGCCCGAGGCCCCAGGACCAGCACUGGCCCCCGAGACACCCCAGUAGCCUAGGGCUCCCGAGGAUCCCACCAAAGGCUGCAGCACUUGGGCUCUCAGGGCCUGUGGUGGGUGCUGCAUCGCACACAGGCCGGCAUCGCACGGACCUGACACGGUCGCUCUUCACUCACCAGAGGAAGCACAGGACAGCACAGAAAAUCCAGAGCCCAACCGGACAUCUGGCCCCUCACCAGCUCCCCUGCCCUGGAGAGUCCUUGGGGGGCCGUCAGAAUUCAGCAAGGCCGGGUCCCCCAGCUCGUCAGGCUCCUCCAGGCAGCUCCUCAGCCUGAGCAGGUCUAUAAAUACCCCGGAGAGCCAGCGCCCUGCACAGGCUGAGCUCCGAUCCUCAUCGCUCCAGACCAGCCGCCCAGACAGAUGGACAGGGGAAGCGAGACGAUGGGGCCAGUCGCCUACUUCAGCCUCUGCCUCCUCGGCUGCCUGAUCUUUAACCCCUCGCUGGCCGGGGCACAAGAUGUGUCCUGUCCCAGGGGCUGGCUACCCUUCCAAGGCUACUGCUAUGGAUACUUCACCCAAGAGAAAACCUGGAUGGAGGCUGAGGCUGAGUGCCAGCACCACGGGCCCGAGGCCCAUCUCGUCUCCAUUCACAGUGCCGGAGAAAAUAAUAUGAUGUCCUAUUACAUCAAGCGGUACCACAAAAAGAACAGUCCCGUCUGGAUUGGACUGUGGGAUCUUGAGCAGGGGCUCUGCUCUCCUUUGUCUCUUCAGAAUCAAAGCUGGAGCUGGGUCGAUAAAUCACUGGUCAGCUUCAGUGCUUGGGAUAAAGGGCAACCUGAUAUUCUGACACCAAACGAGCACUGCACAGUGUUCGAAAGCAGUUCAGAUUUUCAGAAAUGGCACGAUUUUCUCUGUGAAGAGAGACACCCCUUCAUUUGUAAGCGCAAACCCUAGGGGAGGCAGCUCGCCUGGCUCUGGGGACUCCCAACACUUGGGCUGUGAGUGAAUCGGGUCCCUCCCGCUCCCCAGGGAGACCAGAUCCUGUGUCCCUGGCUGCAAAGUCCCUUCUGCAAAGCAUCACUGAGUUACGCUGUGUCACUCCCGCUCUGCUCUGCCCCCUUCUCUCCCUGUCGCACCCACACUCUGCUCUUCUCAGCCAUCUCAGCACAGUGCAGUGAUAAUAAAC